AUUUUCCUCUUCAUUCUCCUAUUUCUUUAUCUUUAUCUUUUAAACACACUUGCAUAAAGAAGAGUGUUUUGAGUAAGGUUUUUCACAAUGGCUACUUCAACCUCUGCUCUCAGAAGUACUCUUACUUCAUCCCUGAAGCUAUUAGCUCGACCCAGAUCACACCCUUCUUCUUCUUCAUCACCUCCAAAAACCCUGUUUCCUUCUUCAAAUCUCAACAAAACUCCAUUCCUAACUCAAACCCUCAAACUGAACCGCAAAAACUCCAGUAGUUUCUCUCUAUCCAAACGAUCUUUCACCUGCAAAAGUCAGGCCAACCCAUCUGAGAAUCCAAGACCCAUUGUACACCGGAGACCUGCAGAAACGGGUAAGAAUCACGGCGGGACUGUCCAUAUUGAUCCAGAACAAGCCGGAGAAGAAAGGCGACCGGGAGUCUCCGGUCACGUUAAGCUGCAGCGACUGGUCUUCCCUUUCAAGCUUUUGGGUGUCGGGGACUUGCCCGAGGAGCUUUUGGGGAAACCCGUUGAGCCCAGUCCAACCGUGGCACCCAGUCCAGCGGCUAAAGCUUGCGAGCCGACCGCCACCAUUGCUAAUUUUACGGAUUAGUUACUCCAUAAAUAAUGUUUUGAGUUGAUUUAGUGGAAUAUAAUGUAUGAAAAUUAGCUUAAUUCCUUUUUUUUUUAUGUUUAUUUAUUCAUUUAUUUAGAAGGAACUUAUCAGAGAAUAAGAUUAGCUAUAUAAUAUUUUCCUGUACAUUGAGAAUUAAUUGACUGUUUAUCU